AUGGAAUACUAUUUAAGUGAUAUUGUCGGUUUCACAACAAUAUGUUCUUCAUCGACACCACUUGAGGUGGUCAACAUGUUGAAUGGAAUCUACACCAAAUUUGAUGACGUUAUCAGCAAGAAUCAAGCUUACAAGAUCCUGAAAACGUUCGAGAUUCCACAUCGUCGUAACAGUCGCCUUCGCAUACGCAUUGGUUAUAACAGCGGAUCUGUGGCUGCUGGAGUUGUUGGUCUCACAGCUCCUAGAUAUUGUCUCUUCGGUGAUACGGUAAAUAUGGCGUCUCGGAUGGAAUCAACUAGUGAACCCGAAAAAAUUCAAAUAUCAGAAAACGCAAAUGAUAUGCUGCGCAGAUACUAUCCGGAGUUUAUCACGGAACUCAGAGGAACAGUGGAUGUAAAGGGCAAAGGCGCUUGUAACACGUACUGGUUGCUUGGCAAAGAAGAGCAUCAAAGCCUGAAACACGACGAAGCAAGGAAGUAUUUAUAA